UAAGAAAAUAGGUUGUCUCUUCGGUAUAUGAAGCUGCCGGUUAGAGCACGCUGUGUAACUGCUGGAUAGGACGUAACGCUGGCCUGUGCUCAUUGGCAUAUCCCUUUAAUUAAAUUAACACUUUAAUUUGUUUAGACGAUAGGUUUGAUUUACAGUCCUUACGUGCUGACCAAAGAAAUGGUGAUGGAGAAGCCAAGUGCCCUGCUAGUCGGGCGGGAAUUCGUCAGACAGUAUUACACCCUUUUGAAUCAGGCACCAGACUUCCUACACAGGUUUUAUGGAAAAAAUUCUUCCUAUGUUCAUGGAGGACUGGAGAAUGGGAAGCCUGCUGAAGCAGUGUUUGGUCAGGCGGAAAUUCAUAAAAAAGUUAUGUCCUUGAGCUUCCGGGAUUGCCAUACGAAGAUUCGCCAUGUUGAUGCUCAUGCUACUUUAAAUGAUGGUGUUGUGGUUCAAGUGAUGGGGGAGCUAUCUAACAACAUGCAGCCUAUGCGAAGAUUCAUGCAAACAUUUGUAUUGGCACCAGAGGGUACAAUUCCAAACAAGUUCUAUGUGCACAAUGACAUUUUCCGUUACCAAGAUGAAGUAUUUGGGGAUUCAGACACAGAACCUCCUGAGGAGUCUGAAGAAGAGGUUGAAGAGCCAGAAGAAAGGCAACAGUCUCCUGAAGUGGUCCCAGAAGAUACAAAUGCUUACUAUGAGCAAACAACUAGUAAUGAACUGGAAGAGCAGUUGGAAGAGCAAACGGUUUCCCCUGAGCCUGAGCCCGAGCCUGAACCUGAGCCUGAGCUGCCUACAGAAGAACUUAAAUCUGAAACCUGCCCUGAGGAAGAUGUUGGAGUAGAAGAGCAAGUGGAGAAAAGUCCUUCUCCAACACCAGCAGAUCCUGCACCUGUUGUACAAGAGGAUUCAAGGCAGUCAUCUUGGGCCUCUGUGACUAGCAAGAAUCUCCCUCCAAGUGGUGUAGCACCGGUUUCUGGAAUUCCACCACAUGUUGUCAAAGCACCAACAGUGCAGCCCAGAGUGGAGCCUAAGCCUGAAACGCAAGUAACUACACAAAGACCUCAGAGAGAUCAGAGGGUAAGAGAGCAGCGACCAGGAGCUCCAAUACACAGAGGCCCUCGUCCAGCUCGUGAAGGUGAACAGGGUGAUGCUGAAGUUCGCAGGGUCGUGAGAUAUCCAGACAGUCAUCAGCUGUUUGUUGGGAACCUGCCUCAUGAUGUGGACAAAGCAGAGCUGAAGGAGUUCUUUGAAAGCUUCGGUAAUGUGGUAGAACUACGAAUCAAUAGUGGUGGCAAAUUGCCAAAUUUUGGUUUUGUGGUAUUUGACGAUCCUGAGCCUGUGCAGAAAAUUCUAAAUAAUAAGCCAAUCAAGUUCAGAGGUGAUGUGCGUCUAAACGUGGAAGAAAAGAAGACCCGUGCUGCGCGUGAAGGAGAUCGCAGGGAUAUUCGUCCUAGAGGACCUGGAGGCCCUCGUGACAGAUUGGGUGGUGUUCGAGGUCCACCUCCUAGAGGUGGAAUGUCGCAGAAGCCCAGUUUUGGUUCAGGACGAGGCACCGGAGCCAGUGAGAACCGUUUCAUGGGCUCUCGCCAAUAAGCUGUUAUGACCAGUUUUGCAGGCCUCAAAUUGCCCACAUGCUGGCUUCCAGUACUUGUGUUAAUCCCCCACACCCCUUAAUUUUUCUCCCCAUUUCAGCUUUGGGGUUUUGGAAUGUGAUCUCCCUGUUUAUUCUGGACUUGGUUUUGAAAUUGAUUUCACUUUCCAUGUCUCCUAAUUGUUGUUUUUUCUUUUUUCCCCCUUUUUUGUCAAGUUUGGAAUUUUUUUUUUUUUUUUUUUUUGUGUAACUAAGUGCUACUUGAAAAAUCAAGACUGGUUUUAACAUUCUCUCCCUGUUUCUUAAAGGAACGUGUUUGUGGUUUUUUUUUUGUUUUUUUUUUUCCUUUUUUUUUUGUGCAUACUGAAAAAAAUGUAACUUUCUAAAUUGUUUACUUUUGAGGAGCCACUGUACUAAUAAACGCCUUUUUGGAUCGGACCCUGGGUCUAAUCAUGGUAUUCCAAUCUGAGGUGUGAAGGCGCAAGAAGUGAUUCUUCCAAUUCCUGUAAUACACCCAACCCUCAACUCCAUUGGAACUUUAAUGGUUGGUUCUGCACUGCACAACAAGAGUUUUAAUGUAAAAAAAAAUUAAAAGAAAAUCAUGUAUUUAAAGUUGUAUACAAGCUAAAUUUUAUUCUGGAUUUAUUUUGAGGGGGGG